CAAGCGCGGAACACAUGCUGUGCGAGAUCCCAGCACUUCAGUACUAAGUCCGUGGCGUCUUUCGUUCUAACGCACGUUCUGAAGACGUUCUCGAGGCUUUACCCACACAAGCGGGACACCAUGUGGUCAGCGCACCGGCUCGUCUUUUCACUGGCCGUGGUAUCAGCGAUCAUGGCAAUGGAUUCCAAUGUUACCCCUCUCACAACAACAGACUCUCCUACAACACUCUCAACCACCAAUACCUCCAUUACCAGUGCCUCCCCAUCAGAUCCUACCUCCCCCACUUCACCCCAGACUAUGGUCUUCACCCACACAGGAGCAACUAACACCUCUUCAGCACCCACCACACUUAAAAGUGAGGUCAUAGGACCAGACAGUCCAACAGUGUCCACUGAAAACUCAACAGUACCACACUCCCCAAAUCCAAUGACUACAACGGACCCUAUGAGUACCACCCACGUCACAACUGACAUUACAACAGGAAUACAUUCUAGUCCUACAGUAACCUCAAAAAUCCCAGAAAAUGGCACAACUAUGGUUGCUACAGUAACAGUUUCCAUCACUACUGGUCACCCUGAUCCAACCUCUCCAGGUAAUGGCACGACCUCAACCCUGAUUCCAUCAGAUAGUCCUAAGCCCAACACUACAGCAGCUGCUACCACAACAACUUCCAUGAAUACCACCAUGGUUACGGGUCCUGCAAAUGCAACAAUGACCCCCACACCUUCCACAGGACCAGACCAUUCAACCACAACUGCACCAAAUGGUACGAUAACAGAACCUUUACCAUCACCUACCACCCUAACCACAAUCUCCCUUAAUGGUUCCACCACCAUGUCACCCAGCAGUAAUGUUACUCAACUGACCUCCACCCCUGCUCCAGCUACUAACCUUACAGUACAGCCUGUGAAUGGUACUUCCCCUACCACCGCACCUCCUGGCACCAUUGCCACCAACACUACUAUGCCUGUUCACACCUCUGUCACCAGUCCUUCAACCCCUGCUAAUGCCACCACCCAUAACACCACCAUCACCUCCACAUCAACUGCAGAGAUCAAUGAAACCAGUACAGCACCAAGCAAUACAACUACACCCUUAACGACACCAGCAACAGCUACAACACCACCAAUGACACCAGGCAACACUACAGCACCCUUAAAUGCGACCACACCAAGUGCUGCUGCAACCACACCAGACAACACUACAGCACUCAUAAAUGUAACCACACCAACUCCUCCUGCAACCACACUAGGUAACACUACAGCACCCUUAAAUGCAACUACGCCAACUCUUGUGGCAACCACACCAGGCAACACUACAACAACCUUAAAUACAACCACACCAACUACUGCUGCAACCACACCAGGCAACACUACAACAACCUUAAAUACAACCACACCAACUACUGCUGCAACCACACCAAGCAACACUACAGUAGUCUUAAAUGCAACCACACCGACUGCUGCUGCAACCACACCAGGCAACACUACAACAGUCUUAAAUGCAACCACACCGACUGCUGCUGCAACUACACCAAGCAACACUACAACACUCUUAAAUGCAACCACACCGACUGCUGCUACAACUACACCAAGCAACACUACAACACUCUUAAAUGCAACCACACCGACUGCUGCUGCAACUACACCAAGCAACACUACAACAGUCUUAAAUGCAACCACACCGACUGCUGCUGCAACCACACCAAGCAACACUACAACAGUCUUAAAUGCAACCACACCGACUGCUGCUGCAACUACACCAAGCAACACUACAACACUCUUAAAUGCAACCACACCGACUGCUGCUGCAACCACACCAGGCAACACUACAACAGUCUUAAAUGCAACCACACCAACUGCUGCUGCAACUACACCAAGCAACACUACAGCACUCUUAAAUGCAACCACACCGACUGCUACUGCAACCACACCAAGCAACACUACAGCACUCUUAAAUGCAACCACACCAACUGCUGCUGCAACCACACCAGGCAAUGCAACAACAACCUUAAAUACAACCACACCAACUACUGCUGCAACCACACCAAGCAGCACUACAGUAGUCUUAAAUGCAACCACACCAACUUCUGCUUCAACCACACCAGGCAACACUACAACAGUCUUGAAUGCAACCACACCAAAUGCUGCUGCAUCCACACCAAGCAACACUACAACACCCUUAAAUGCGACCACACCAACUGCUGCUGCAACCACACCAGGCAACACUACAACACCCUUAAAUGCAACUACGCCAACACCUGCUGCAACCACACUAGGCAACACUACAACACCCUUAAAUGCAACCACACCAACUGCGACCACAAAACUGCCUGUGACAACAGUAACAACACCACCCAACAUCACAAUUACAGCUGGAACAAUACCAAUGAACACCACAACAGGCACUACACUCUUACCAGAAAACACUACAGCAACACAUCCAGGCAAUGCUACAACUCAUCAGCCAACAACCAAUGCCACAGAACCAGCCUUGAACACCACCACUCCAGAGAACAACGCCACGACUGGACCACCACUUGCCUCUACUACUAACCCUACUAACACAACAACCGCACCAGCUACCUGUCCAACAAUUCCCUGUCCAACUCUCAGUGUGUGCAUAAACUCCACCUGUCAGUGUCUGGCUGGGACGUUCCUGUCGGGGGGCCGCUGUGUGGAAGCAAAAGUGUUCCCAGGUAAUCUGCGUGUGAAUCGCACAUUUGUUGAGGAAAUGAGGAAUCCCCAGUCUGCUGCAUUCCAUAAUAUAUCUUCUGAGAUUGUUGCAGCGUUGAACAGUGCUUUAAAAAAUAUAUCUGGCUACAUAAACUCUAAAGUUCUGCAGCUAACUCCAGGCAGUGUGGUGGCUACAGUGGACAAUGUGUUUGAGCCCAACUCCCCCGCUACACGGAAUACCACCGCCCAAGCCAUAAUGAGUGCUAUAGGCAGCAGUAAUGGAAUCCUGGCCACAGCUACUUUCAAUGUGAAAAGUCUGUGUCAACUGAACCCGCCUCCGUGUGAUGUCAAAACGACAACAUGUGCAGACAGUGAAUCUGGCAUUGCUACCUGCACCUGCAUGGCAGGCUUCAUAUCAACCGAAUUUACAACAAGGAGCUGCAUAGCAUGCGCUAGUGGAGAGAGAUCAGUGGACAACCGGUGUGAGCCGUGUCCUUUUGGUUAUUCUGGUUUCAACUGUAAUGACUCAUCUUUGUUAGCACUGGUGGUGGUAGCCUGUGUUUUAGGUGGGCUUUUGCUCAUCCUAAUAGUGGCCAUGAUCAUCUACUGUGUCAUGAACAGCAGGAAAAAUUCUAAGCAUGUAGAAUAUGCCAGCAGUCCUUACUCUACAGAAGAGUUCCACGAUUGGCCUGCACAGGGCAUCACACCCAUCCCUCGUGCCACGGUCAGCUCCAACUCAGACAACAUGAUGGAGAUGAGUGAGCCAAGAAAAAAUCACUCCAAUGGACUGAAGAUAGGAAGAAAGACGGGCUCCUACGACCUCAUGCCCGUAGACAACCUGAACACGUUUAAGGGCAAGAACCCCUCACGCUAUUCUUACUUGGUUCAGGGCCAUGAAAACCCCUACUUUAUACCAGGAGAUGAGCCAAGAUCGACAUGAGAAGAGGAGAAAGGAGGAAUAGAGUAGAGGAGGCUAGUUCUAAAAGUAAGACAGGAGUGUAGGAAGUGUGAAAGAGGUGUAAAAAGAGGUAAAA